UUGUAUCCCUAAGCUACGCCCUUUACCUAUGCUAGCUACACUACACUACACUUUGGUAAGUAGUGCGUUUCAUUUGUUGGCAAGCAAGCUCACACUAGAAGUGCCAGCUGGCACGCCAUUAAAAAACUCCUUCUGGAAGGGUCAACCUCUCCGUGUCACGCCGUUACAGUGUGACAGUCCGUGAAACGGAGUGGCAUUGCCGUAAUAACACUCAAAACGGAGGGUUUUUGCGUAGUGGGAGGUGCACAUCACAUGCGGCCAAGCUCCACUCUGCACAGAACACCACCGAACCGAAAACUGUGAGCGAUAAGAGCAAGAGAGAGAGAGAGAGAGACAAAGAGUGAUAUACAAGGACUAGAGCUCCUUCGCGCAAAGCAAUGCCUGCAAUCACCUGAAUUCUAUGCUCCUUUUCCCUUUCUCCGCAUGUCUCUUUUACUGUCUUUGUCCCUGAAUAUCCAAGAUCUUCAACGGCAAUGCUAUCUCUGAGAGACAUUUUUCUGAGGAAUGCUUGAUCCGGCCUGAAAUAUUAUUCUACUGUUGAGAUUUCUCUGCUUCACUUUGUCUUGUGUCGUGCGAGUGGAGCAGCCUCUAUUUUCUUACAAGGUUGAUUUGUUGAGAGCAUGGCUUCAUGGGAUCAAAUGGGGGAGCUUGCAAAUGUGGCGCAGUUGACUGGCGUGGAUGCUGUGCGGCUGAUUGGGAUGAUUGUGAGAGCUGCCAGCACUGCGCGGAUGCAUAAGAAAAACUGCCGGCAGUUUGCUCAGCAUCUGAAGUUGAUUGGGAACUUGCUGGAGCAGCUCAAGAUCUCGGAGCUGAAGAAGUACCCAGAAACUAGGGAGCCUCUAGAGCAGCUGGAAGAUGCGCUCAGAAGGUCUUACAUAUUGGUCAAUAGUUGUCAGGACCGGAGUUACCUUUAUUUGCUGGCUAUGGGAUGGAACAUUGUUUACCAGUUCAGGAAGGCUCAGAAUGAGAUUGACAGAUACCUGCGUCUUGUUCCUCUCAUUACUCUUGUGGACAAUGCUCGAGUCAGGGAGAGACUUGAAGUUAUUGAAAUGGAUCAACGUGAAUACACAUUGGAUGAUGAGGACCAAAAGGCACAGACAGUUAUUUUUAAACCUGAGCCUGACAAAGAUGACACUGCUGUGUUGAAGAAAACACUAUCUUGUUCAUACCCUAACUGUUCUUUCACUGAAGCACUUAAAAAAGAAAAUGAAAAGCUUAAACUAGAGCUACAGCGGUCACAAGCAAAUUUGGAUAUGAAUCAGUGUGAAGUCAUUCAACGUUUAUUAGAUGUCACAGAAGUUGCAGCUUAUUCUGUUCCAGAGAAGUGUUUGGCGGAGAAAAAUCACAAGAAAGAGGAAUACAGUUACUCUGAUGCCAACGGUGACAAGGACCAUUCAUCUGAUGAAAAAUACAAUGCAAAAGUUGACAAGCAUUCACCGGCAAGAUAUUCAGUCGCACAAAAGGAUCUGGUAUCAACUGGAGGUUCAUAUCAGCAGGAGGAUUGGCACACUGAUUUACUUGCUUGUUGUUCUGAACCUUCUCUUUGUAUGAAGACAUUCUUCUAUCCUUGCGGGACAUUUUCAAAGAUUGCUUCUGUUGCGAGAAACAGGCCCAUAUCCUCGGGAGAAGCAUGUAAUGACUUGAUGGCAUAUUCAUUAAUAUUGUCUUGCUGUUGCUAUACUUGCUGCGUAAGGAGGAAGCUUCGGAAGAUGUUGAACAUCACAGGGGGCUUUAUUGAUGAUUUUCUCUCUCAUUUGAUGUGUUGCUGCUGUGCCCUUGUGCAAGAAUGGAGAGAAGUGGAGAUCCGUGGGCUUAGUGGCCAUGAGAAGACCAAAACAAGCCCUCCACCCUCCCAGUACAUGGAAUCUUAACUAACAAAUGAUAUUAUCAUUUGGUUGUUUAGGGAUUCAAUGUUCCUUGAAGAGCAUAUUAUAAUUCUCACUGGAAGGCAGGAAUUAUGUAUUUUUAUUCUUACCGCACCUGGCCUCGUUUAACUAUUGUACAGUAGUUUUAUGUUGUUGUACUGGUAAAAGUUGCUUUUAGAUAUAGUAGAUGCCUUGAUGGUGUAUCAUAAACCUAUUUUUUGUUUCCCUGGUUUAAUAUAGUCUGUCUUGAGUUAAUUUCUUGGCAUGCUUUGUCAUGUAUAAAAUUAAAAUAUAUCAUUUGUCGUAA